GACGUGUCGCUGCGAUGGCGGUCACCGGCCGGGCCCGCGCGCCCGGGCCAUCCCGGCGGGGUCUGCGGUGACGGAUGUAUUUGAAGAGGCCGGCGGGCGGCCUCGCCUUCUGUCUCUUCUACCUGGCGUCCUGCUUCACCAACAAGUAUGUCCUGUCUGUCCUGAAAUUUACCUACCCUACCCUUUUUCAAGGGUGGCAGACAUUAGUGGGUGGACUUCUGCUUCAUGUCUCCUGGAAGUUGGGCUGGGUGGAAAUAAACUUGUGUUCAAGGUCUGAAAUCCUAUCCUGGCUUCCUGCUUCAGUACUGUUUGUUGGCAUUAUUUAUGCUGGCUCUAGGGCACUGUCUAGAUUGCCAAUCCCAGUGUUCCUCACUGUGCACAACGCAGCGGAAGUUAUAACCUGUGGGUUCCAGAAGUUUGUGCAGAAAGAGCAGAUCUCUCAUCUGAAAGUCUGUAGUGCACUCUUCCUCCUGGUAGCAGCAGUCUGCCUUCCUUUAUGUGACACACAGUUUGAUCCAAAUGGCUAUUUGUGGGCUCUAAUUCACUUGAUCUGUGUUGGGGCUUACAAAGUAUUUCACAAGCUAUGGAAACCUAGCUCUUUAAGUGAUCUGGACCAACAGUACAUCAACUAUGUAUUCAGUGUGGUGCUGUUGGCCUCUGCUUCCCAUCCAGCAGGUGAUCUCUUCAGUGCCUUGGACUUUCCAUUCCUGUACUUCUACAGAUUUCAUAGCAGCUGUUGUGCCAGCGGACUGUUGGGAUUCCUUCUGAUGUUGCACACGGUGAAGCUAAAAAGCAGCACAACCUCAGGGCAAUAUGCAGCAUGGAGUUUCCUCGCAAAGGUGGUCACUGCUAGCUUAUCACCAUUCUUCUUUGUCAUGACUGCCAACAUACUAACAAUUUCUUGGUCUGUCCUGUGUGUGCCAGAGCCUUGUGAUCAGUGGAGUUGGAGAAGCUUUGCUUGUUUACACUGAAAGGACAGGCACGUAAAGAGGAACUGGAUCUCACCAGCUGUAAAAGAGCUGACUUGCAGGCUGGAGACUCUAUCAUGGAUAAAAUGCAGCAGCAGGAAUGAAGAAGUGCAACCAAACAUGAGGAAAGAGACCUAUUGUUUUUUUAUAAUUAAGAAAGAAAAAUUCUGCUAUUAAUAGUGCUGGUAAGAGAGCAGCAAUAGUUGGCAGGAUGGUUAAGAGCCUUUGCCUCAAAGCACAAGACAAACUGUUUCUGAUUCAUGUGGUAAAGGAAAAACUGCACUGUCUCAUGCUGAUGGCUCUGUGUGUGAACCUCUCAGCAGCAGCAGCUUCUUGCACAGGGAACUGAACUGGGAAAAAGCAGCAUUCCCAACUGGAUGCCUCCAGUUUUCUUGUUGGAAGCUGUGGUGGGUUGUACCAAUGUCAGAGCCCCAGAAUUCAGGAAAGAUGGAUUUUUGUCUCCCAAGUGUUCUGGAAGUGGCAAGUUGCUGCACACAGGUCUCUAGUCACAUUGUCUGAACUAGCCAUGGGGCUUCUGGAGAGAAUCUCCGUCUGAAACUGCGGUGGUUUGACAGCUUUGUGGAAUGGGGAAAACAGCAAUAAAUCUCAAUAUCUGUA